CCCCCCUUACUGUAACCCCCAUUGCUGAUUUUGCUUGAAAGCUUUUUAUUAUUUUUCUCCUCUUUAUUAUUAUUAUUAUUAUUAUAUUUUUUUGCACAGAGUUUAUCUUAUUUUUUAUUUUUUUGCACAUUUUUCCCCUUCCAUUUCUUGCCCGGAUUUUGCACAUUUUUGCCUCUGGUUAUAUUAUUAUUAUUAUUAUUUCCCUGGAUUAACAUUAUUAAUGAAUAUAAUGGAGCUGGAGCACAUGUUGAAUGAUUUCACCCACAAGCUCUCCCAGCCCAGCCUGGCUUGCCCCCUCCUGGGCCCUGAACAUGGGGUCCUGUCCCCUGUCACCAGCCUGGCAUUCAACAUGACCCAACUCACCGGCCUGGGCAGCCUCAGUGAUACCCCUAAAAGGAAAUUGGGAUUGUCCUUCCCAACCCCGUUAUCUUCACUGUCCCGAACGUCUUCCUCCGAAUCAGCUGACUCUGGUCUCGACCUGGAUUCUCCAAGCUCGCUGGACCCAGGUGUCACGAACGAAACAUUUGAGAAAGCUAUUUUAGAAACGUCCGUCCUAGACAAUGAAUGUAACUUGCCCAUCAGGAGGCUAUAUUCAUUGCCGGUAUCAAUCCAAGGAGGCAGCCCAGCUUUAAGAAAACUUUCUCUUCCAAGUGACCUGGAUUCCCCGAGACCUCUUGAACGAAGCCAGGCGACGAGAGACAACAAAGAAAAUGAAGUAUUUUCUUUCAAGAGGCCGUGGUUGCUUCCCUUCCCUCAGUGCAGACUGCGAAAUACCAAUUGCUCUGAUGAAAAAGAAGUGUUCUCGGAACGGCCUAACUCUUCCCCGUCUUUCGUGCUGUUCUCUAACACAAGAAAUGUCUCUCAACUGGAAGAAGAAAGCCCCGUCCGACUGCGCAAAUCCUCCCUCACAUUUUCCAUAUGUAACGACGAUGAAGAUGAUGGAUUCAUGGAGAUUAUGGAUGAUGAAGAUGCAAAGGAUGAAUCAGACAUUCCCCCUGGGAUGGAAAACCUGCUGACAGCCCCUUUCGUAAACAAAGAAGAGAGCGAUUCUGAUUUGGUAAUUAGAAGCAAACGCCGGCGUUUGUUCCGCUCCCCUUCCAUGCCCAUUAGUGUAAUUAGGCCCAUAUUAAAACGUCUGGACCGGCCGCAGGAUGAAGACACCCCUGUGAAAUCUAAGAGACAUAAGAACCUGACCGCCAGCUUCCCAGAAGAAGAACCUAAACAUGAGGAACCGAAAAUGAAGAUCGGAAGAUCGAAGUCAUUGUGUCUUAGUGUGGUUGAGGAAGUGAUGGAUGACGAUGAGAGAGAGCUGAUUGGUGAUUCCUCUAAGACAUAUUUAUUAAAGACGGUGGAAGGCAAGCACCAAGAUUUGAAAUACAUAACUGGAGAAAUGAUGGAUGCUGUGUUGAGGGGAAGAUAUAAAGAUGUGAUUGAACGUUGUGUAAUCAUAGACUGCAGAUACCCGUACGAAUAUGAAGGAGGACAUAUCAAGGGUGCAGUGAACCUACCUCUGGAGCAUGAUAUUGAGGAUUUCCUACUGAAGAAACCAAUUCUACCAACAAGUGAAGACAAAAGAGUAAUCAUAAUCUUUCACUGUGAAUUCUCCUCCGAACGAGGACCCAGGAUGUGCCGAUUUGUCAGAAAACAAGACCGAAACAGCAAUGAAUAUCCCAACUUACACUAUCCAGAGCUUUACGUCCUUAAGGGAGGGUACAAGGAUUUCUUCCCUGAAUUUCAGAGCCAUUGCGAGCCUCAAGCGUACAGACCAAUGCACCACGAGGACUUCAGGGAGCAUCUGAAACUUUUCCGUUCCAAGAGCCGAACGUGGAUUGGAGACAAGAGCAAAAGAGAAAUGUACAACAGACUGAAACACUUGUAGACAAUCGAGAUCUUUAAAAAAAAAAAAAAAAAAUUUUAAACAAAAAAGGGCAGGUCCCUAUAACCACAGUUUUAUGAAAUAGCCAGAUUGGAUUAUGUUUCACGCAUGGUCUAUCUAUGGAUCUACAAGGUUUCGUUCUUCGACUUGUUGCACAAUGGGGAUGAUGGUCUUGGUUUAUCUCCAGCCCCCCAGCACGGAGCUCGUCCUUUCUCUCUGGAAUGUUUGUUUAUUGGCUGAAGAAACAUUGUUUGUUCGGAGACUGCAUUUUAUGUCUCUUUUUAACGGAUACAGUUUGCCAGCAAAGAAAAAAGGGUUAUUUCCACGAAGGAAGGAUUUCUUACACCAACAUUAACCCCCACGUAGACUUCACUGGACAAUCACGCAGAGGAUGAAUUAUGCUUCCAAUCAUAAUCCUACUUACAGUGGAUCGCCGACAUUCACUGCCACACAGCGUCAGACAUAUCUUUUAGUAUCCUAACAAUGGACCAGUUCCGGUUAGGAAGAGACACUUGAAGCUUCCCACGCUCUGCCAUUAACCAGUUAUUGGAUAUUUUUUAUGUCUUUGCUGCCGAGGAAUGGCGUUACAUUUCCUUUAUAAUUUGUGUGUCUGUGUUUGUGUGUGGAAUGAGUGUCUGUGUAUGACUUGUUGCACUUGCACUUUUAUUAACCUCUCAAUCACUGAAGAGGUUUUCCAGGCAAUGCAUGGCUCUCUGUUUAUUAAGAGGCCAAUCAGCUUCCCGCAUUUAUUACGGAGUUUGCCAUGGGUCUGUGUGUGCAGCGUUUGUGUUAAUGUAUGUGUAUUUGUAUAUAGCGUAAAGAUGUGUCCCCAGCUGCUUAAUGAUGUGUAUUAGCCAGGAGGGAGUUGAUGUCUGUUAAUAUUGGUGAUUAAAUGGGAAUAUUGAAUAUAUCAGCGUGCUUUACUUGUUUCCAGAACAAUGGCAAAAAAAAUAAUAAUAUUAAAAUUACUUAACGCUCCAAAAUAAUGACAUUAGUUAUGGCAUACGCACGUAGUUUACAAAUCCAAGCUUUGUGCUGCUCAACUGCGAAUCAUUUUGUUUAACAAAAUAGCAAUAAUGCUUUAUUCAUUUGCUGUGCAAAAAAAAUAAAUAAUAAUAAUUCAGAAGAUUUAAAGAGUGCCCUAUUAAUGGCAUAACAUAACAGGUAGGCGGCCCGGAGUGAUAGGACAUGGGCCAGGGACUGGACCACUUAUUUCAUAAUAGAAGCGACAUGUCCUGACUUUCCCGGCCCGUUGUUUAAUCUGCUGCUGAUUCAAACAUUUCAAACCAACUUAUUGAGUUUUUAGUUUUGUAAUUAAUGGGUGAUUUGUGUAUGGCAAGGUUUCACUAUCGCUAGACUGUAUUCUUUGCACAGACGCCUUCGUUUCCCAAACAUUGUUGCUGUUUAUUCAGACACGUAGUUAAUUAGAUCCUGCAACUAAAACGUUUGUCCCCACCCUGAAUUUGCACAUUUUACAGCCAGGGCUAAACUUGGGACAAAUACAGAGGAUUUAAGUGUAAAUAAUACUUAGGGAAGGUGACCAGUCCCUUUGUAAACUACCCCUUGGCAGAUACAGGCAGGCAUACAAUAAGUAAUGUUGCAGAUGCGUCACGUGCUUCGCAAAUAUAUACUGCCAAGUCUGUCUGCCGAUCAAUAAAUUAAACAAAUUAGUGAAAACCGUAAAUAAAGGCCUUAUUUACUGCACCUAGAACAGUAAACCUGUCCAUUUAUCUAUUCUUAAUUAUUGGAUUGGUGAAACAAACUGUGAAUAACCAGACACAUGUUUUUAUUUGAGCAAAGGAUCUUGGUGUUUAAAAAUACGAUUAACCUUACCAACGCAUUUCACCCUCAACUACAACAUCAGUUUCUUGUAUGUGAAUCUGUUAGAAAUAUGUGCAACUCAGGAAUAUUUAAAGAUGUGAAAGGGUGCAAUAAAUAAAUCCUUUUAAGGUUUCAUUUUGAAACAUUUUUUGGGCUAUUACUGAAACUAAAACAUCAUAUCAUUAAUCUUUACUGUCUGAUGCUGCAGUAUGCAGUACAGUACCUGCCACUCCAAAUUAGUAUGUCUUAAACAAGGCGCUCCUAGGAGCUGAAUACGUGGAUAUUCCCAUAGUGUUCAAAACACUCUAAAAAAAUAGAAACUAGAAAUAAAUUGGUAGAAAUGAAGGUCCCAGAGGUUUUUUGAUAAUCUAUAUUCUAGCUCAUUGAGUACCACAGGUGCGUACAUUCCUAUUCCAAAUGAAUUGGGCAAGGACGUAAAUGACAGGUACCCAAAUAGGAGAUAUUAUGGGUUUAUUCUAUGAUUAUUCUAUGGUUAACUAGUUCGCCAUAUCCAAGUGGACACACCAGAAGGAGCUUGGUUCCAAAAGCUUGGUUCCAAUUGCCUUCUCUGUGUACCACUGGGAUAGGGUACAAUGUUACAAUGCAGCAUUGGAAACCAACAAACCAGAGAACUCCGACAGUGCCCUUUAUCCUGAAUUGCUACAUUGCAGACACUUUCCAAGGUU